CUAUAUAUGGACUCUAUAUAAGCUUGCUCGCAUUCUUUCUCAGAAAGAACCUGGAUCAUUCUCAAUUCUACAAAUGGCACCCAAACUUGAUAUCGAGACCUACCCAGGCAAUAUCAUCAAUAACGAGUUCGUCCCAACACCCAACACACGUCAUUCAAUCAACCCAGCAACUGGAUCACCUUUGUUCAAAGUUCCCGUCACAAGGGCAGAAGACCUUGACGCCGCUGUCGAGGCAGCAAGAAAAGCCUUCAAGUCAUGGAGCACAACACCCUUCUCCGAGCGAGCGAAGUUGCUCCUCGAGUACACUGAUGCUAUUGAAGCUAAUCGCGACGAACUGGAGAAUCUGUUAACGAAAGAACAAGGGAAGCCGCUCUCCUUGUCUCAUACAGAGAUGGACUUUGCCUUGAGUUGGCUGCGCGCUUUUGCAACUAUGAAGAUCGAAGACGAGGUGUUGCAAGAAGACGAGGAAAAGAUCAUCUACUCAACGCAUCCGCCUAUCGGCGUCUGCGCCGGUAUCGUGCCUUGGAACUGGCCCAUCUUGCUGGGUGUAGGAAAACUCGGACCAGCGCUGAUCACGGGAAAUACUUUCAUUAUGAAGCCUUCGCCGUUUACCCCAUACUGUGAUCUCAAGCUUGGCGAGCUGGCGAAGGGUAUCUUUCCACCUGGAGUAGUACAAGUGCUGAGUGGCGACGACAACCUUGGACCCUGGAUCACAGAGCAUCCUGGUAUCGACAAGGUUGCGUUCACAGGCUCCAUCGCUACAGGCAAACUUGUCGCAGCCUCUUGCGCAAAGACACUCAAGCGCUGCGUUCUAGAACUUGGAGGGAACGAUGCAGCUAUUGUAUGCGGCGACGUAGAUAUCGAUAAAUGCCUUCCAAAGAUUACAACGUUGAGCUUCCUGAACUCAGGCCAAAUCUGCAUGCUGACGAAACGAAUAUACAUCCACGAAAGUAUAUACGAUGAAUUCCGAAAUAAGAUGGUUGAAUUCACGAAGAAUAAUAUAAAAACUGGCGCGGGCACUGAGGAGGGUGUCGUAGUAGGUCCGGUGCAGAACAAGAUGCAGUUCGACAAAGUCAAGGACAUUUAUGCGCAAAUCGAAAAACAAAACUGGAAGACCGCCUUGGCAGGUCAGGCUGAAGAGUCGCGGAACGGCUAUUUCAUCACCCCGGCCAUCAUCGACAACCCACCCGAGGACAGCCAGGUUGUUGCGGAAGAACCUUUUGGUCCAAUUGUCCCACUUCUCAAGUGGACCGACGAGGACGACGUCAUCGAUCGCGCCAAUGCGCUGCGUACUGGCCUUGGGGCAUCUGUGUGGAGCAAAGAUCUCAAACGCGCUGAAAGGAUGGCAAGAAGGCUUGAGGCAGGCUCAGUAUGGGUGAACAGUCACUUUGAUGUUGACCCAAGAGUUCCUUUCGGGGGUCAUAAAGAAAGUGGCAUUGGGAUGGAAUGGGGUAUUGAGGGUUUGAAGCACUACACAAACAGCCGGAGUUUGUGGGUGUGGAAGAAGAUCUUCGAGUAACUAUGCCCUUCAAUUACGCCCUGAACUUUGUAUCCGCGUAAGUUCGACAUUUGCGCUUCCCGCUUAGGGGCUCUUGUACACAUAGCCAAAUUCCUUUUGUGCCUUCUCCAGCGCUUCCUUUAGCGGUCCCUCCCUCUCCUCCCAUGCUUUCAAGUCCAACUCCUUCGCCUCCUGCACCUUCGCAUGUCCCCUCGCAAACGACUCGCCACUAGGCACGCACACACCCUUCUUCACCGCUGGCCGUUCUCCCACGCGUUCCCACCAAGCGUAAACAUUCGGAAACCUGCUCAACUCAAUACCAGAAACGUUCAAUGCAUCGGCUAACGGCCAGAUCGCCAUAUCUGCGAUACUGUACUGCCCGCGGCCAGAACCAGCGAUGUAAUCCCGGUCUGCAAGGCGGGAAUUCAGGAUGCCAUAGUUCCUCUCUGUUUCACCUACAAAGUGCUGCGUGGGAAAUGCG